UACUUCCCUGAAGAAGCCAGGGAAAGGAAGAAGAGUGAGUUUGAAGACCUCCGGCAGGGAGGCAUGACUGUGGAUGAAUAUCUCAGCAAGUUCAACCGCUUGGCAAAAUAUUCUUGUUAUGGUAGAACUCCCCUCACUCCAGAAGACAAGGCCUUUCGAUUCAGGAAGGGUCUGAAUGAUAUGAUAGCAGACAAACUGGCGGGUCAUUGCACCAGAAAUUUUGUGGAGUUGAUCGAGCAGUGCCAGAAUAUUCAGGAGCACUAUCGUACCAGGGGAAAGGAAGCAGCAGGAAAGAGCUUCAGUGGGAGGACUACGCCCUGGAAGAGUAAGGGCAAGGGUUUGCAAGCACAGCAGAACACCAAGUUUAAGAAGACUCCCUUUGUGAAGAAUGGAAGCGGAAUAAAGUGCCCCAAGAAGACGGGGCAAGUUGCAGCCAUUCAGGCGAUCCCUAUUCAGUCCGUGCCUACUCAGAGAGCCAUAGAGGAGCCUAUGGCGCCCACUAGUGCCAGGGUAUAUGCAGUGACACAGCAGGAGGCAGAGAGGUCUCCAAACCUUAUCAGAGGUACUAUUCUUAUCAGAGGAUAUGCUUUUGAUGCCAUGUUUGAUUCUGGAGCUACCCACUCCUUCAUAUCGGAAUUUGUUGCUAAUGGGGUACAUUUACCCAUUUGUGAGUUCACGCCUCCCAUGGUAGUGAAGACUGCCACCGGAGACAUUGUUUCUACUUCCUUGAAGUGCAAAGAAGUCAGAUUCAUAUAUGAGCAAGAAGAGUAUAUGGUGGAUUUGAUAGUGCUUGAGGGCAUGAAUCUACACAUUAUCUUAGGUAUGGAUUGGCUGGUCCGAUAUGGUGUGAUGCUAGAUUGUUGUAGCAGAAGGGUUUUCUUUGCUGCAAAAGGAGAAAAACCGGACAGUUUGUACUUGACGGCACAAAAAUUAAAUAAGGCUCUAAAUGAGGGAGAUGCAGGAUACAUUAUCCUGGGAGGACUCGUAGGAGACUCCAAAGAACCUACUGCUAAUAUUCCGGUUGUAUGCGAGUUUGAAGAUGUAUUUCCGGAAGAAAUUCCUCAUUUUCCACCUGAGAGGGAGAUUGAAUUCUCAAUUGACUUAGUACCUGGUGUGGGGCCUAUCUCAUUGGCUCCAUACCGGAUGUCACCAGUGGAGCUAGCUGAGCUGAAGAAGCAGUUAGAAGAAUUAUCCCGCAAGAACUUUAUCAGACCGGGUGUAUCUCCUUGGGGUGCACCAGUCAUCUUCGUGAAAAAGAAGGAUGGGACUAUGAGGUUGUGCACUGAUUAUCGACAGUUAAACAAGGAAGAACAUGCAGAGCAUUUGAAGAUAGUUCUACAGAUUUUAAGGGAGCAUCAGUUAUAUGCCAAACCAUCCAAGUGUGAGUUUUGGUUACAUGAGAUCCAGUUUCUUGGACACGUCAUAUCAUCUACAGGAGUGGCUGUUGAUCCGAGUAAAAUUGAAGCUGUGCUGGAUUGGGAGAGACCCAAGAGUGUUACUGAGAUCCGAAGUUUUCUGGGUUUAGCAGGAUACUACAGGCGGUUUAUUAAUGGAUUCUCCAGAAUUGCCUUGCCAUUGACUAGGUUGACCCGAAAAGGGGUGCCAUUUGCAUGGACCCUUGGGUGUGAU